GUGAAAAAGAAACAGCAACACAUUUUAACUUGGUCAGUUUAACAGUUUAAACCCUCAGAGCUGCUCCUCUUAUUUCUGUGUUUUUUCCUCUGGAUGCAGGAGAUAAACAUCUCUUAAUGAGGCAGCAUUGAUGAUGCCACUCAGACUGACUCCUCCCCUUUCUCUGCUGUUUCUGCUCAUGGUUUCAGGAGUUGUUGUUUCUCAGGACUGGGGUGUGUAUUACACCCCAAAGUCUAUCUGUGCUCUAAAGGGAUCUACAGUGACCAUGGGCUGCAGAUACACAUAUCCAGCUGGUUACACAGUUGAGAGAGGUAUCUGGAGCAGAGAGUUAGUUACAGAUAAAGAGCCUCCUGAUCUGACUUCAGACCCAAAGUACAGAGGCAGGGUUCAGUACCUCGGAGACACAUUGCGUGACUGCAGGCUCAGACUGAGUGAUGUGACAGAACAGGACCAAGGCAAAUACUACUUCAGAUUUAUAACAACAUUCGCUGGAGGAAAGUUUCAGGGUAAAGAUGGCGUUAACGUUUCUGUCACAGAGCUCGAGGUACAGAUUCCUGAUAGAGUGAUUGAAGGAGAUGCAGUCACUCUCACCUGUAAAACCAGGAACAGACUGAGUGGCAAUCCAACAUUUAGCUGGUACAGAAGUGAACGUCGUUUAUCCUCCUCCACUAACCUGCUCCGUCUGCCAUCAGUCAGUCAGAGCGAUGUAGGCAGAUACAGCUGUGCUGUACAAGAUAGUCAGUCCUGUGAUGUCACUCUUGAUGUCCAGUAUCCUCCAAAGAGAGUCUCAGUGUCCGUCAGACCCUCUGGUAAGAUAGUGGAGGGCAGUUCAGUGACUCUGACCUGCAGCAGUGAUGCUAAACCACCUGCGCAGAACUACACCUGGUAUAAAGGAACAUCCUCUAUAAGAACAGGAAAAACCUACACCAUCUCCUCUAUCAGCUCUGAGGACAGUGGAAAUUACAAGUGCCAGGCUGAAAAUAUACAUGGACUUCAGUCUUCUACUGCUGUGCCUCUGAAUGUCCUGUAUUCUCCAAAGAGAGUCUCAGUGUCCAUCAGUCCCUCUGGUGAGAUAGUGGAGGGCAGUUCAGUGACUCUGACCUGCAGCAGUGAUGCUAACCCACCUGUGGAGUAUAACUGGUUUAAAGGAACAUCACCUAAAAGCAAUGGAAAAACCUACACCAUUAGAAACAUCAGCUCUGAGGACCGUGGAGAGUAUAAGUGCAAGUCCAGCAAUCAAUAUGGAGAGAAAUAUUCUGAUGAAGUGACUAUAAAAGUUUUGUAUCCUCCAAAGAGAGUCUCAGUGUCCAUCAGUCCCUCUGGUGAGAUAGUGGAGGGCAGUUCAGUGACUCUGACCUGCAGCAGUGAUGCUAAACCACCUGUGCAGACCUACACCUGGUAUAAGGGAAGAUCCUCUAUAGGAACAGGAAAAACCUACACAAUCUCCUCUAUCAGCUCUGAGGACAGUGGAGAAUACAAGUGCAAAUCCAGCAAUCAAUAUGGAGAGAAAUACUCUGAUGGAGCAACUUUAAAUGUUUUGUAUCCCCCCAAGAAUGUCUCAGUGUCCAUCAGUCCCUCUGGUGAGAUAGUGGAAGGCAGUUCAGUGACUCUGACCUGCAGCAGUGAUGCUAACCCACCUGUGCAGACCUACACCUGGUAUAAGGUGGAUGAAAGUUCACCUGUAGGAUCUGGACACAAUUACAGCUUCACAUUGAGGUUCAACAGCAGUAGAUGGUUUUACUGUGUAGCUCAGAAUAAAUACGGGAAUCAGACAGCAGCUGCAGUGCUGCUCACUUUAAAGGGGGGCACAAGUGUAGUUCUGUAUGUAGUUCUUGGAGUGACAGUUGGAUGUGGAUGUUUAUUUGCCAUCAUUGGUGUUUUACAUAUGAGGAGAAAGAGAAGAGGAGGUUCAACUGAUGAUACCAAGUCUAAUCAGAACGUUUUUGCCAGUCCUACUGAAGACACGUACACAGCUCUUGAUCUUCAGACCAGGUCCUCCAAUGACGUGUACAACACACUUACAACGGUUCACCCGAGUCCUCCUGAUGACACGUACACAGCUCUGGGUCCUCAGUAGAUCUCUCCUGAUUACGACACUUUAACAGUGAGUGCUUUCAUUUCUUCCAUCACUUUGAUUUUAAUCACUGGAUAUAGCACCAGGCUGAAGACCUUUGGAAAACUCUAAACCAUUAAUGCCUAAAAUAAAAAGGUUUAAAACAGUUAAGGCCACAGUGAUGUAAUGCUCGUACGCUACUGUUAUGUGAUCUCGGAAAACAACUUUUGUUAUCUUCAGAUCGCAAGGAAAAAAAGACUCUUCUGUAGUAUUAUUCGUGAGUUUGUUCGAUAUUUCCACCUCAAGCCUUUUAUCACGAUUUCUUUUUCUAGACUGAAAGAAAGCAACAGUGAGAUCGUCAACAUCGACACCAUGUCCAGAGAGAGACAGAGAGAGAUGCUAGACUAGUUCUGUUUUUAAGCUCCAGGAUCAAUAUUUAACUCAAUCUUUAAACAGAUGAAAAGUGAGAGAUGUAUAUUUAUGAACAAUAUAUUGUACGUGACUACAUGUAUGUAAUUUUGAUGAAUUAUUUUUCUACGUGUGUAUUGUAGGUUUUUGUCCUGUUUUAAUAAUUGGAUUUUAUUUAUAUUUUACCUGCUAAACUAAGGGCAUUUUCAGACCUGUAGAUACGUUGCACUUUCUCCUUGGCUCUGUUCACUUUCACAAGGCAACAUUUCAAAGCGUACCAUAAUGUGUUUAUGCAAGUCACGUGUGAGUAAACUGUCCUCUUAUUGGUCAGAGUGCUCCUGUUUAUGGUCCAGGGUUCUGCUCAUACCAGUUAUCCAUCAAUAUAGAUCGACAGCAAGCUUAUUGUGGCUUUCUUUGUAGCUGUAAUUAUUAUAAUUUAUUACACAAUUUUUACACUGUUGAUCGAGUUUUUUAGCCUUUGCGUGUCGCAAUUCCAAGGAAUGAUUAAAGUCCAUCUCCUUGAGAUACUCGCUAAACAUGAGCUAGGUGUGAAAACGCCAUAAUGCACUAUGCAAAAUGUGUGCCGUUAAUGUUUUGUACA